AUGGCAGAUUCAACAACUACGUCCUCCGAUACGAAGGACGAUACAACCAAGGAGUCGGUUGAUUCAGCUGAUUCGAAAGUUAACGACGAGAAGGAAAAAAUUAAGAAGGAAAAGAAAGCAAAAUGGAAGAAAGAUCGAGAAGCUAUGCCACUCAAGGCUGAGGUGGUAUGGCUUGAUUACAAUCACUUUAAAAACCGCAGCACCGACGAAGAAGGCCAUGCGAUAAUCGAGGUCCUCCGCGGGCAUCACGCCUUGGAACGAGAGAUGCGACAGGAAUUUUCGGAACGCGAGGAGAGAGAGGAGAGUGACCAGCGAACCAAGAGCAAACCAUAUGAGCUGAAAGAUGGAGAAGAGACUUGGGCACAUCGUGUUCGAAUUCAAUCUCCUGAGCUUCUUUUGUUGCUCUCAAGACUCACCGGUCAUGGUGACAGCUGGGAGAGCGCAGGGCCAAGGGUAUUUCACCGGCCCUUCAUGGCUUUUUAUUACACAAUAUCUCAAGCAAAGGAAAGUUUGAAGAUUUUGGAGGAACGCUGGGCGGCAUUUGAGGCAAACACCGGAGAUGAGAACGGCACCAGCUUGGCAGGCCGUAGACUUCCUAUGAGGAGGAGAAAGGGCGAAUCAAGCGAAGUCAGCCAGAACUUACAUUUCAAAACCACUGCCGAAGCGACUACCGGGUUUAUUAUCAAUUCUGUGACUGGGCUUCGCCACCUUCGCAAGUACGUGGAAUUUAUCGAGGGCACUAUUAUUCCUCUCUGGGAACGUGCAGCCGGGACCUCACAGCGACAAGUCCAGUUCGCGAACUUGUGGAUGUCCUUUCAGAUUGGGGAGCUGGUGUAUGUCCCAUCCACAUCAGAGAAUACGACAGCGAAAAACCGCACCGGGGCAAUCAACAUGCCCCACCAGAUCUGGCGGGUUUUUGUGAUCGCAAACUCGGAGUUUGAGACUGAUCCUCUGUACGAUAUCCGUGAGGGCUCCGAUAAACAACUGGGUUUGCGUUGUUAUUUUAUCGACUUCAAUGGUACAUCAUACGAACCAUAUAUCGCAGAGUUAUGCAUACCAAUGUUUGCUGGCUCGAAGGACAUUACGACACUUCCCGUUUAUCCGCUACGCUUUCAUAAGAACAUGGACAAUAUCUUGAAGAAACAGCGCAAGCUUGGAGAGUCGUUUGCCGACACGCUCAAAGUCAAGUAUCUCUAUUAUGAUGGAUGGACCUUAGUGCACGAGCCUGCAGAUGACAUUGAGCCUGACGAUGAGAGUAACGGUGAAUAUAUCGACAGUCAGGUAAUAAUUGACUUUGCUCAAGGUCACAAAACGAAUAGUGAUCUCGCUGCAAAAUCGACAUGGAGCCUAACGGAAUGGGCAGACUCAUACUGGGCAGAAUAUGAAGACACAUCAAUGCCAAUCAAACAUUGGGACGGUGAAAACGCGACCGAACUGAUGGCAGAAGUGUCCGAGAUUGUCCAAAAGCAUGAAAACCUGUCAGCGAUGCUUUGUGCACGUCAGAUGGAUAAAAGCGAAUUCUUACGCGCGUGCGUCACAGGCACAGCGACCGAGAUAGAACCAGACGACUACGUUUUGCUGCCUCGUCGAGUCAUUGGUUAUUCAUUUCGAGACCGGAAAUUCCUCCGACUGAACGUGGAAUUGCUGAAGCCCAUUAUUAAGUCGGAGCAUGUCUUCAGAGAUCUGAAGAUUGAUCCAGAUCACAAACGGAUGAUUCGAGCUGUCAUCAAGGCACAUUUUCAGGAACAAAAACCUGGUCUAGACCUGAUUCAAGGCAAAGGCUCUGGUCUAGUGAUUUUGUUGCAUGGAGCACCUGGAGUAGGCAAAACUGCUACUGCAGAGGCGGUUGCUCAGGCAAAUAACAAACCUCUCUUUGUGAUUACCUGCGGCCAUCUUGGAUUCGAACCUGCAGAAGUGGAAGAGAAGCUCAGAGAGAUCUUCCGUCUUGCACAUAUUUGGGACUGCGUUCUCCUCCUCGAUGAGGCUGAUGUUUUUCUGGCUCGUCGGGACUUGAGUGAUCUGAAGCGAAAUGCUGUCGUCUCGGUCUUCCUUCGUGUUCUAGAGUACUACAGUGGCAUCUUGUUCUUAACAACAAAUCGAGUCGGAAUCAUUGAUGAAGCCUUCAAGUCUCGAAUUCACAUAAGCUUACACUACACUCCUCUCAGCAAAGAUCAAACGCUGGCCAUAUUCGAAACCAAUCUCCGCAAACUGCAGGAAGCCCAAGAAAAACAUCGACAGCAGCCCAACAAGGCAGAAACUAAACAGCGAGCGGAACUGAAAAUUGACCGGGAGGGUAUCCUGGAGUAUGCAGAGUGGCACUACGAUAAUUGGCCAGAUCACCGCUGGAACGGGAGACAGAUCCGCAAUGCCUUCCAGACGGCCUACUCCUUUGCACAAUUUGAUUUAUGGAAUGGCUCAGUCGACUCCUGGCAAAACAGUCCGGACGAUAUCGAUAAACUCGACGAUUUAGCUUCCGAUGACAUUGAACAAGAUAGUGGUGACAGAGCACAGCCGGUGCUGGAUUGGCGACAGUUCCAGCUUGUAGCAGAUACCGUCAAGCGAUUUGAUCAGUACCUAACCGAAGCAAUUGGUGAAUCGGAAGCCGAGGCGGCCUCUACCUGGGGUCUACGCGCCGACGAGCAUGAUCCAUCCCAAUGGAAUGAAAGCCCAGUCUAUCGCCCCCACUCCCGCAAGUUUGAACGCCAUGAUUACGGGCAAAGUCAACGGGGUUCUGCACAGCGCAGGGGUGCGGGUCGAGGAAGUUCGGUGAGAAAUGACUGGUCCCGGUAUAGUGAAACUUUAUCAACGCCGUCGCCUACACGCUCAGCACAUCGUGAGCGUGGUCGCCAGAAUGCACCUCAGCGAGGUGGUCGUGGAGGAACUUCUCGGACCUUUGCUCCCGGUAGAACCUUUGAUACUUCAAAACUUCCCAUGAGGCAGGAAGGCGCGAGAUUUGAAAGACAGCCUCAUGGCAGGGAAGCCUUCGGUGCUAGAGACCACGGUUUUGCUGGAGAGGACGAGGAAGACUUCACUGAAGGAUACGACGAUAGCCUUGAAGAAGGUCAUGUUUAUAGAGGACAGGGGCCUUAUUGA